GCCUUUCCAGGUGUUGUGUGGUGGUCUAGAAUGUAGGGAUGAUCCCUGUGGGGCGACUGAAGGCUCAGCCACAGCUGUGGCAGAUAGAGAGAGAUGCCUCUCCAUGGCUGUGGAUGCUCCCUGGCCCUGGUUCUGCUGCUGCCGCUGCCUCGGGGCCCUGCCGGCUGGGUGCCAAUACAGCCCCUGUUGCCGCGCCACACCAUCACCACCCCUUCCUGCUCUCCCAUCACCACCCUCCCCCGCUGCUCCAAGCCGUCUCCAGCUGGCAGCUGUCCUGUGAUCCCUUCCUGCCUCUGGCCAGGAUACCGACACACACAGCAGCUCACCCUGGCAUCAGUCAGUUUCCCCUGCAGAACGUGCAGUGGGAGCUGCCGUCUCCACACCACGUGCUGAGAUUUCAGCCUUCUGCCAACCUGGAGCUGGUCCCUGUGUUUCCCCAUCUGCACCACUCAGUGCUGCCUCCUCACUGUGGCAAAGGAUGGGUAGAGAAACGGGUCCCCGACUACAAGGCAUACUUGAACAACACUCUGGCUCUGGAGAACACCUGGCUCACUCCGGAGGAAAUAGGAAUUUUCCAGCGGCACGAAAAACCAUUGUUGAUGACAAAUCAAAUGGCAAUGAGCAUAUCUAGGCCAGCUACUGCCUCCAGGAGUCUCAACUCUCUCCUCAUGUCACCCAGACCUGCUGCCUCCAGGAGUCUCAACUCUCUCCUCAUGUCACCCAGACCUGCUGCCUCCAGGAGUCUCAACUCUCUCCUCAUGUCACCCAGACCUGCUGCCUCCAGGAGUCUCAACUCUCUCCUCAUGUCACCCAGACCUGCUGCCUCCAGGAGUCUCAACUCUCUCCUCAUGUCACCCAGACGUUUAUCAGGUUAG